UCUGAGCAACUCUUUGCAGAUGUACUUGGGCUCCCAGCUCCCCAGCUACAUCUUUUUAUCUGUUUUUGUUGUUGUUGUUUAACUGAAAUUGAACCACUAACCGGAAGAAUUUCAGAGCCCUGUGUAGACACUCUGUAAGCUGAUACAGGAACUACUUGAGAAGCCUGAACAAACUUACCACACCUCUAAGAGGAAAAGGAAGAAGAAGUUUCAGUAAGAAGCCCUUUCAAAUGACCUCAGAAUGAAGUUCGCUGAAAUGAAGUCUCCAGCACCAGUCUCUCAUUCGAGGAGCAUGAUCUCGCUGUUGCAGUUUCUCACGCUGGUCGUCGGCCUUCACCCAGGGAACACAGUUUCAGAAACCAGCACAACCACAUUGCUGGUGACAGGGGUGCUUGGGGAGUCGGUUAUUCUUCCCCUGAAGUUUCCUGAAGGAAAGCAGAGCCGCUCCAUCACCUGGCUUCAUGAUGGAACAUCUAUCAUUUUCAUACUGACAGAGGAAAAAAAAAUCCAGGUGACUGAUCCACAGCGGGAAGAUCGACUGAAUGUCACCCAGUCCUACUCCUUGCAGAUCAACAACCUGACAAUGGCAGACAGCGGACCUUAUCGUGCCCAGAUAACCACAACGACCUCCAGCGAGAUUUCCAAUUACAGUCUGGAGAUCUUCAGACGACUGAGGAAGUUACAAGUGGCCAAUCGCACUCAGCUCCUUGAAAAUGGGACCUGUGAGAUCUACCUGGCCUGCUCUGUGGAGAAUCUAAAUGACCAUAUAUCACUCUGGUGGCAGGUCCCAGGAAACACAACUCUAGAGGAAGCAAACCUCACUAUCUCUUGGAACCCCAAGAAUUCCAAUGAACAGACCUACACUUGCAUAGCUAACAACACUGUCAGCAAUGCAUCCUUCUCUUUGUCUACUCAAAGUCUCUGCAAAGGUGUUUUUGAUGAAAAAAAUCAAUAUCUUAGUAUCCUGUGGAUUCUACUGGUUCCUUUGCUCUGUAUCACAUGCUUAAUCAUUCGGAAGAAAAAAGUAUCAGAUUCUUUUUCUACUCAGCAAACCCAGAGUUCUGUGGAGACCCCGAGGAACUCAGAGUAUGCUCUAGCCUCUACAGAGAGUACUGUGUAUGCUCAGGUCACUCAUCCAAACAUGAGAACAGAAAUCCCAAUACCCGUGAAAACCAGUGAUUUCUCCACAAUCUACUCCACAGUUCAUCAAUUCAACCAGGACAAAACAUGCUUCAGAUGACAUGCCUGGAUAUUGACUUUCUCUGGGAUAACUAAAUAAAUGGAGUUAUGGUUGACAGAGACUAUGAUUCAGAAGACAACCACAUGUCUCCUUUUAGAAAGCAGCAGAAUUGUGACUCAUUUUGGAGAGAAUACAAUGUGUUGGUUAUGUGUGUUGUCUCUGGAGUCGGAUGGAUCCAUGCUCAAAUCAUGUACUAGACAUAUCCCAUGGAACAUACUGCCUAAGCUCUUGGAGCUUUGUUCUCGCAGACUGAAAAAGAAGGAUGGUGAUACAUCAGCCCUAUUACUCAAACCAGAAACCUGAGUUAUCUUUAACUUCACCUUCUCUAUCACCAGACCCUUUCGACUCUACUUCCAAAAAUAUAUAUCUUAAACCUAUCUGCUUCUUUGCAAAUCUUCAACCACCAUCCUAUAUCUAAUCAUCAUCAUCUCUAACCUGAAAUGCUAUAAACUCUGAACAACUCUCCCCAACUUUUGCUCUUAUCUCCUUCUACUCUGUUCUCCAAAAGACAGCCAGAUUAAUAUUUUUAAUAUAAAUCAGAUCUUUCACCAGCCUGCUUAAAACUCUGCAAGCUUUCCCCAUGUACUCAGAAUGAAACUGCAUCUUCUUGGCCCUGAAUGGUAUGGCCCAUCUUCAGCCUCAGCUAUCAUCACUCUCCCACCACUCUCUCUAUUUGUCUUCCCUGAUCUUUUAACUCCUCCAUUAAAGGAAAUAGUUCUCUGUGGUAGAGUUAUUCACAUCUGCCUUAAGGCCCUUCCUCUGCCCACCUGGCUCCUCCUUCUUCUUUAGGUCUCAGCUUGCAUAUGUCACCUUCUGAAAAGGACCUUCUCAGACCACUCUAUCUGAAGUGCCCUCCCCAUUAUUUGUCACACCUCUAUGUCA